CUUUCUAAGAAUCAUCGAGAUAGCUUCUUUUAUAUGGGAGAUAUUAACACAUAACAGACCUCCUCUUAUCUUAUUGCUUAGCUUAUCUCUAUAUAUAUAAUUAGCUAGUGAUAGCUAAUAGUGAAAAGCAAGAUUCUUCCUUCUUCUCCUAUGUAUGGGUAUAUAUAUACGUAGCUUUCUUCAAUAAUUUUAUAUAAGUUUGUCCGGGGAUACUUCCAUGAAACUCUGGCUGGACUUUUUCGUGAAUUAGGUGAUCCCCGUCCGCUGGAAACCACAUGCAUUCAAUCAGCUGGUGCUCCAUCCCGACCAGAAGGAACUCAUUCUGGUUGUCAUUGAAUCGCAAAGAGACAAUGGGCUUGGAUUCGAGGACUUUGGGGCAGGCAAGGGUCAGGGGAUCCUGGCGCUGCUCUCGGGGCCACCAGGAACGGGGAAAACCAUCAUGGCAGAAGCAGUGGCUGAGAAUCUUCGUGUCCCAUUGCACACUGUCGGCUCUGAGGAUUUGGGCUCUGGCGCUUGGGAGAUUGAGAGGCGACUCAAACAGACAAUGAGCCUGGUUGCUCGCUGGAACGCCAUUCUGCUACUGGACGAGUGUGGCAUCUUUCUCGAAGCCCGCACAACACACGAUCUCGAACGGAAUGCCGUCGUAUCGGUCUUCCUGCGUUGUCUCGAGUAUUACGAGGGUAUCCUCUUCAUGACCACCAACCGCCCCGAGAAUAUCGAUGAGGCCUUUCGCUCUCGGAUUCAUCUUAUGCUCCAAUACCCCAAGCUCGAGUCACGGUCGCGCCGCCAGAUAUGGUCGAACCUACUGCAGUCGUCUGUUCCCCAUCACGAGCUGACAGAAGACGAUAUCACUCAGCUGGGGGCUCAUGAGCUCAAUGGACGGCAAAUUAAGAACACUGUGAAGAUAGCUCAACUGUUAGCGCUCAAGAGAAAGACGGGGCUGAACAGGGUAUCUGUUGAUGCUGCUCUAGGGAUUGAAAGGAAGUGGCAGACCCCUGAUUUCAACACCAGCCAGUCUGGAUGUUCCAGUUUCUCCUGUCCAGCGGUAACAGAAGAACUGACAGCUCCGCCAAAUGGCGACACGGGCCGAGUGGUCGCAGCCCAGGAGACGCAAUCUUUAAAACGCGCACGCGAUGUCGAGGUGACAGACGAGAAGAGGGAGAAGAAGAAGCAGAAGAGGAAGGAUAAAAAGAAGAGCAAGAAGGAGUAG